GGGACGGCCGGGACGGUGAAAAGUGCCACUGAAGCUUCAGAGAAAGAACCUGCAGAUUUCAUGAGCUCAGGGCAAAUUUAAAAAAAACAAAACAAAACUGAUUGAUGAGGGGAAUCAAGUGAUGACAAAGGGCAGGAAAAUGUGAUGCUGUGAGAGAGUCAGAGAGUUCUGGGAACUUUGAUCAGAGGGUUUGUGAAGCUGAGGAGAGAGGGGGGACUUCCAUAUAAGAUAACCACACCGACUGUCUGUGUUCACUCAAUCAUCAGAAGCUACUGGAGGAAAAAAUGGACCUGCCAUUGACGCUUCAUGUGUUCCUACUUCUCAGUUCCCUAAAUGCUGCUGUUUGGGCGUGUCCGGACAGAUGCAAGUGUCAAGGAACCAAAAUCAUCUGCAGUGGCCUUUCAGACUUCCCCACAGCUGUGCCCUCAUUUACCACUGCCCUAUACUUCUCAAAUAGCACUUUCUACUCUCUGAAACCAGAGGACUUGACUGAUUUCUCUAAUGCCCUUGGCAUCUUUGUGAUUAAAGACAGUGUUUUAAGGGAAGUCCUCCCUGGUACAUUUGAUUCCACUCUGAAUAUAGGUGCUUUAGGGUUUACUGGCACUGGACUGCAAGAUCUCCCUGAGGCCUUGUUCCAAAAUCUUCAGAAGCUUGAGACUCUGAAUCUGAGGAACAACAAACUCUUGGUGGUCCGCCCUAACUGGUUUUCCCCGCUGAAAUAUCUGAAAGCUCUUGACCUCAGUUGGAACCUUCUCACUUCUGCACCUGUUGAAACUUUUCACCCUCUUACUGAGCUACAUCACCUUUAUCUUUCUGGAAACAACAUCAGUCAACUGUCUAGAGACACAUUCAAGGGACUUUCUAACCUUAAAGCCUUGCGGCUUAGUAAAAACUCGCUACAGGGACUCCCCAUUGGCUGUCUGGAUGACCUUGGAAACCUGGAGGAACUAUCCCUGAAUGACAAUCUAAUCACUCACCUACACCACAGCCUGUUCUCGAAGACUCUGAAGCUCCAGAAGCUAUUUCUCUCCCACAACAAACUUACAGCUCUGCCACAAGCGAUCUUCUUAAACCUGCCCCUCCUUUCCCAGAUCUCACUGUAUGAAAACCAACUGGAGAGUCUGGGUCCAGGGGUAUUUGGACCCAUGGCCCUGCAAGAACUGUGGCUGUAUGACAACAAGCUGAGCCAUGUGGAGGAUGACACAUUCAGGAAUCUGACUCAGCUGCGUCUCCUGGUUCUCAGUCGCAACCAGAUCAGCUAUGUUUCCACCAAGGCCUUUAGAGGGUUGGAGCAGCUUGGAGAGGUAUCACUUCACACCAAUCAGCUCAGAACCCUGCAAGCUGGGACCUUCCAAGGUCUGCCUCAUCUGGUCAACAUUUCUUUGGAGCACAAUUUCAUCAGCUCCCUCCCUUUGGGUUUUCUGCAGGGCCUGAGCUAUCUAGGGCAGAUAGAUCUGAGAAACAAUUCCUUUCCCAAUCUGCCACAGCAAAGUCUGGAUGAGCUCACCAUGGCAAAUGAAGUACUCCUGCAGCAGAACCCCUGGAGGUGUGACAAGGAUAUUCUGCCUCUUAGGGAUUGGCUGAGACAGCACCCAUCCAAGGUCAACCAAAGCCUUGUAGUGUGUGAAACACCUUCGAGUCUGAAUGGUGAUGCUAUUGCUCUGCUUGCAAAUGAAAACCUGAUGCCUCUCGGCACAACUGAGGAGCCCGUGUUGACCUCAACGGAGAAGAGGAGGAAACCCAAUACCCCUCCAAGCAGACAAAGCACUUCCUCACCUGCUAUCAAGACCACACCCACAUCUGAGCAUGAGGAGGUCACCAGCAGUGGACAAGGGGAAGAGACUACGGCUUCCAAUCAUAUGGCAAUCAUUCUCAUCAUCAUUGCAGUAGUGUCCACUGUUAUCAUCAGCUCUGUCAUCAUCAGCUGUGUGUGCUGGAGGAAAAACAAGAGAGGCAGCGGAAAUAUAGGCCGCAGAAAUAAGAACUCUGUGCUGUAGACUAAACCACCCAACAUCAGUAACCCAAGAACUUUUAAAGCCAAGGGAAACUGCCCACUGACUGCUGUGGUUUACUUGGAAAAAGUGGAGCAUAGAGUUGAUUUUAGAGCCUCAAAGGCAUAGAAAGAACCAUUUCACCAACACCAUUUCUCCUUCUUCCUAAGCUAGAACAACAAAAAAAAAAGAUAUUCUUUUGAAUUUGUUAGAAUUUGGUUUUUAUUAUAAACUUGAAAAAAGCUGAAAAAAGAGAACGGACAUCUUACACACUAACUGUAAAGACACCUACCUUGCUGUUUUGUGGGAAACUGGGAUUUUCUGGUGAAUGUAAACUCAAACAGUGUACUACUGCACUCAGAAUUUUGUUGAAUGCUUUUUCAUUUUUCAGUAUUAAUUACUACAGUUUGACUAUGACUUUUUGUGCUAACAACAAUGCCUUUUGGGUGCAGUUUUACUUUUUUUGGCAGGGCUACUCAUAAAAAAAAAUGUAAUUUUUUUUACUUCACUGUAACACAAUCCAAUGCACAAUGCUAUUACACAUUGAAUAAAUGCACUGCUUUUAGUGGGAGCAACCUUA